UUCAACGGUACAAUCUCAGUCUGUCAUGAAACAGUUCCAAUCCGCACUGACUCCCGAAGAAAAGCAACGCCUAUUUGAAGCUAUCGAUUACCAGGAAAACCUCGCACCUACUGAAUAUCCCGAAUCUUACGUCGACAUGUCUGGUGUGUUCAUUUUGAAAACUCUUGUAACAGAAAUUUAUGAUACACCCAAAAAGAUUAUUUCUUCACAAUUGACUGGAGUCAAGUGUCGUUUGGAAACACGGGCCGGAGGACACGCAAUUAAGGUUGGAGUUAAUGUAGAUAGUCUUACCGCUGAAGGUGUCAAGCAAGAGGAAUAUAUCCCUGUUCUUAUCGCACCAAUGAAAGAGGAAGAAUCGUUACUAGAUAUCAUUUUUGAGAGCAACCCAUUAGAUAAGAAAUGCGGACAAAGACUCAUAAUUGAAUUAAAACCCCUUAGGAUUAUUUAUGAUGCGAAAACCCUUAUUGGGGUAAUAAACGUCUUCGUCAUGUCUCAGUCGUCCUCCUUAGAAAAACUUUCUUCUGUAGCCGCAACGAAACUGAGUAACAUCAAAAAAAUGUCUGCAUCCGGUCUUCAGCACAUUAUAGAAUCCCACGCGUACUUCGAUGUUAACAUCAACAUUUCCGCUCCCAUUAUUGUUGUUCCUCAAAACGGACUGUACACGGGAAAUGAAAAUGUUUUAGCAAUAAAUUUAGGUAAAGCGAGCAUACAGUCAGUUGAACGUUCGGCGUCUUUUAUUCGUAUAAAAGAGUUAUAUCAAGCGGGCAUUACUGGUGAGGACAUUCUUAAAGACAUGAUCGAAAAGAGUUACGACCGCUUCCUGAUGUGCCUGACAGAGGUACAAGUGGUGUUAGCUGGGCCUACUGACAACUGGAUGUCAAGUUUUAUCGAAAAAGGAAACACACCCCUUCACUUGCUACAACCACUGUCACUGGAAGCCCUUUACUCGAAAUGUCUGAUACAGGACGAUCCUCAACUCCCUCUUAGUACUAUCAAGGGCGAAUUACCUUCACUAGCAAUCACUAUUACAGACACUCGACUGAUAAAAUUGAUAAGCUUAAUCGAUAGUGUUGCUGUUGAAACCAGUUUAUCAGAAAACAAACCUUUAGAGCGUAAAGCUUCAUCUACAUCCCUUUUACAAUAUAUGGAAAUGACCAAAAUGGCAAAACCCAAAACAGAAAAUCAAAUAAAAUCUUCAUACGAAUCGACUGAUUUAAACCAAUUUACAGAGUUUGAUAUUCAAUUUGUGAUGAAGGAAUUGACACUAACUAUGGGAGUUCAGCAUGGUCAAAGCGACCCGAAGAAUGUGGCAAAAUUUAGCAUACGAAACCUCGAGUUCGGUCACACCAUGCAAACAUUCAAUACGGAAACAUGGCUAAAAAUUGGUAGCAUGAAUCUAAUUCAGUAUAUUCAUCGCAUUCAACAUUUGAAUAUUUUGAGUACUCCUCUGAAGGACGAAUCGGAUUAUAUGUUCACUUUAAAAUUUGUACAGGUGGACAAAUCAUCGCCCGAAUUUCAUACAAAGCACCAAUCUUGCGAGACACGCCUGCUAUCAAACUUCAAUUCGCUCGAAAUUCAUUUGAAUCAGGAGGCAUUACUCGAUUUAAUGCGUUAUAUUUCGAACGUUCAAUUACAGAUUGAAGAAGAACGAGCAGAUAAAAACAGAAUCGCGAUGUCGACGAUCGACGAGGAGCCACAGCGACGUUUAAUAGAAACAAUCGCGGAAUCGACUGAGAAUAUAGUUACUCGUACAUCAAUACAAUAUUUAAGAGAUGUUAAAAAACGUCAGAAGAAGUCAGUAAUUGAGACGAUUAAGUUUAAGCUAUUAGCUAAUUUACAUCAAGUCAAGAUAUGUCUAAGUAGUCACCAAAAUGAUAUAGCCUCUCUCUCUGUUAGCGGUGUAAAUGCGGAAAUAAUUAUAAAGGAACCAUAUACACAAAUUAAAGCUCACCUAUUGGAUUUGUCCGUCAUAAAUCUUAAUUCUGAGGCAAUACAUUCGAAGAUUCUUUCUGUGACCAGCGAAGAGGCUGUCAGCGUUCAAAUUGUUACUUAUAAUCUCGACGAAGACGAUUACACAUCGACAAAUAUGUCAAUUGAUGCAUCUAUAGGUUGUCUGCGUAUAGUUUUUCUCAACAUAUUUGUCACCGAAAUACUGUCAUUUCUCAACAAUUUCCAAACAGCUAUGGACGUACUCGCGCAGGCAUCUCAGAAUGCCGCAGCUCAAGCAAAAUUGAAUGUCGAAGAGGCACUUUCAAAGGCUAUGAAAAUAGCAGUAACUGUUAAUAUAAGGGCACCGAACAUCGUCGUUCCAGUGCAUUCGCAGAGUGUUGACGCCCUCUUUCUCGAUUUUGGUCGAUUCACGUUAUCAAAUAAAUUUAAAUGGCUCGAACAGGUAGACGAGAAAAAACAGAACGCGGUCCUCGACGAUAUGAUGAUUAGCUUAGUUGACAUGAAGAUUGCAAAGAUAACAUACAAGAACGAGCAAACCGUUAUCGAGCAUAUCCUAUUGGAUCAACUUUCGUUUCAGUUGAAGGUGGUAAGGAAUCUUUCGAGUUGGUAUCGGCAGGUGCCCAGCAUCGAAAUAUCAAUGAAAACGAAAACUAUUUCAAUGCUCCUAGCGCACGAAGACUACGUCAUGGUUUUGAAUAUUUUGGACAAAAACAUUGGCGAAGGAAGCACUCAACAUGUUUCCUCUUCGCACAAGACACCAACUGUAAAAAAAUCAGUGAAGGUCACUGCGGAAACAUUGCAAAAAGACCAUGAAACUGCAGUACCAGAGGUCCCUACUACAGAAAUAUAUACUCUAGUAAAAUUUACUUUUGUCAUGGAACGAUUCGUGUUUAGCUUAUUCUCAAGGUCACCUGCUUUUCAAAAAAUACCUCUCCACGAUCCAUCACUUUCUUUGGCAAAAUUUUCUUUGGAGAUGAUCUCAGUCAAAGGUCGAAUUUACUCGGAUGAUUCGAUGGGUGUUGCAAUGCUCCUUGUUAAUUGCAUAAUUGAGGAUAGCCGACCAGAAAACGCAGGACUACUGACCCGUUUAUGCGAACGAAAACCAGAACCUGAAGACGUUGCUGAAAAAGAAUUGUCUGUGGUAGAAUCAAAUGUGCCCCAGAAAUACAUGGUUGAUAUCGUUUAUCAGCGAAAAGGCAAAGAUAAUUUCGCGGAUAUACGUAUAUGGAGCUUUGGACUUAUAUUUAGUGCAAAUUUUAUGAUGGAAAUUUACGAGUUCUUAAAAAAAAGCGACGACGACGAAAGAGAAAACGAAACAAAUAAACAUGACUCUAUCAGCCGGACGACCUUGGUAUCCGCGAAAUCUACCAUGGGUACACAAGCUGUUCCGACUGCCGACGAGAGUCUUUUCACUCUUAAUUUACGAAUCGAAAAACCAGAUAUUAUCCUUGUCGAACAUCUAAAAGACAUGGACACAAAUGCCUUGAUAUUAAACUUCGAAAUGUUAUGUAAACUUCGCACCACAACCAAUCAUCAAGUAAUCAAUUGUUCUGUAAACGAUCUCCAAAUGUACACAUGUGCCUUCGAUCCGUCGAAAAGAGACGACACGAAAGCCAAUGUGAUUUUCCCUAUUAAUAUUAACGUGGCAGGAUCGACACCUGAAGGAGAAGGCCUUCAUGUUGAGGUCCAUACGUCAGACGUAAGGAUUCGAGUAUCGCCGAUAACUAUAGAUCUUUUAAACAGAGUACACAAGACCUUACUAAGUCACGCCAGUGCCAAGAAAGAAGCUGAAGAUGUCGUGGAUGAUUACAGCGAUUUGUGGCAACCGAAACCUUACAAGGAAGACAAUUUAUGGUUCUUGAAAGUUGAAAUCGGCGACGACGUCACCACAUUUUUAGAUAUGACUCAACUGCAACCACAAUACAACGAAAAGAAGGUGAAAAAAAAAGAACUUUGUCUUUUCAUGAUUCAAUCCAUAGUAUUUACAAUGGAAGCUGGUGUAGGUAAGAAGACUCUUCCGAUGCUUUUCUUUGACAGUAAAUUCAGCGGAAACGUAAAAAAUUGGAGUUCGGAUAUGUCCAUAGAGGCAUCGAUGACACUGACGAUGGGCUAUUAUAACAGUCGGCUCGCUUUAUGGGAGCCUCUUGUUGAACCAGUACAAAUUAUGAAAGCCAAUAACGUCACUUAUGAGCCGUGGGAAUUAAAAGUGGAGGUUCAUCUGAAUCCAGAACAGGCAAUCGACGAAUCAUUGACGAGUCCCUCUUCGGAGAUAGAAGAAUUAACGUUACCGCCGCCUCCGAUGGUCAUUGACGUGACAUCUGCAUCAAAUCUGGAAAUAACAGUGACGAAAACAUUCCUUGACGUACUGAAAAAUCUUUCGGCCGCGUUCGAUUCGGACAUAACGGGUAAUGAAGAAAAAAAAGUUAUACAUCCGACUAGUUCGUUCAAAGUAAUUAACGACACCGGCCUGAAGGUCGUAUUAGUGCUCGUCCACAGUUCCUUCCGGUUGCACGGUGACCAAAAUCCCAACCACGUAACUCUUGAGCCAGGCACUCAGGUGCCUCUUGAGCUGAAGUCGUUCAUGCAAGAGGUGUCAAAAAUUCAGUAUCAGCUCUCCUUGGACAGCCAAAAAUCACCAGAAAACUUCCUCUUCGUCAAGGUUGAAACUUUUGAAAAGGAACUAAAAUUACCUUUUGAAAGAGCCGACAAAAGAUACUUCCCACUCGAUCCAAAAACGAACAAAGGCCUAAUUUCGGAAGUUUCCAUGGAACACGGGGUCCUUUCCUUAACAUUAAGAAGCAUACUAAAGAUUUUCAAUCAUUUCACUAUUCCAGUAGAUAUCUAUUAUAUGACAGAAAAAAGUAAUAAUUUGGCUUUCAUUUUCAACAUACAACCAGGACAGUCCCGAAAUUUGCCAUACAAGGCAGUGUAUACUACUACGGGUCAGCUGUUUUUUUCGGUUAAAAGCUACUCUGUGACCUCGGUACCUUUUGUCUGGCGCGACUUGAAUUCGAACGUGACUAUCUCAAAGACAUUAAUGUGUCGACCUAAGGAUCACCUGAACCACACCGAGCCAUUUCUAUUAAAUGUAAGCGGGAAAAUGAAACAAGUGUAUAGCGAAACGUCGACGCGUUAUACGAUGGCGAGUGUUUGUUACAACGUUUAUUUAAAACCUGUUGUCGUUUUUAAAAACUAUCUGCCCUUUAACGUCGUUUGUAUUAUCGAUAAAUUGGUUGAAGAAUACGUUAUUGAGCCAGGGGCAUACACCCAAUUACCCAACGUGCAACCCGGAACGUCCAGUAUUUGUGUUAAGAUUCCCGAUUACCUAGAAAAGGAAUGGACAUGUAAAAAUGAAUUGUUACAAAAUCCUUCAGAGUUUACUGUAUGGCAGUUCUCCAGUUACGAAAAUAUUGUAAAGGUCAACUUGGACCUUGGAAUGCACUGCAAACAGGAUGGAAGCUCCAUGAUCAUGUCCUUAUACUGUCCGUUUUGGCUGAACAACAAAACCGGGUUGACUCUUGAUUACAGAAAAUCUAAAAAGGAGAAGUCGGAAAAAGGAAGUCCUUCCAAGACGACAGAAGAUAACAUGAAUGUAAUAACACAUCCCAGUAACUACGAUGGACCAAUACUGUUUUCCUUUAAUGCGAAAAACUUUUUUGGGAAGAAAAAAGCUAGCAUUCGAGUGGACAGUGGCGAUUGGUCAGAUAAGUUCCCUCUAGACGUCGCUGGAUCCUCAGGUUACGUGGUUUGCAAAGGACAAAAUCACAUUUACAUGAUCGGAGUUCGCAAUACGCUUACAUACAACGGUUUAACAAAACAAGUAACAUUCACGCCUUAUUAUGUAAUGGUUAAUAACGCAAAGUAUGACAUAGAAUGUCGAGAAUUCGAUAGACCUGCUGACCGAUGGUUCACAGUUCCCGCAAAAUCGUGCGUACCCUUCUGGCCGAGAAGCGAAAAGGACGAUAAACUGCUAAAAUUACGAGUGGUAAACACUGAAGAGACUACGCCACCCUUCCUUAUCACUCAAACAAAUAAUAUUUUACUUCAAUUAGAUAAUAAGUAUGGAGGGAUUCAUGCUGAUAUUCAACUAACUGAAAGUUCGACAUAUAUUAACUUAAGCCCAUACGCCGAAGGCUUACCUCCUCCAAUGAUUCUGAAUCAUACCGACAAAACGAUAAGUUACUGGGAAAAGGAAACUGUUCAAAUCAGAAAACUAGAUCCGGGACAUUCAGUGUUAUUUACGUGGUCGAAUCCGCCCGGUUGUCGUGUCCUAGCUUGGGACAUUGGUAACAAGAAAGAAAUGCAAGACGAAUUACAAACGGACGGACUGAAAGAAUUCUCGCCGAUGCCGAAUUAUACAGUAUACUGGGUAUCGUUUUUAAACGGUAUGCAACGGGUAAUUCUAUUUACUCUUAACGAAGAUGUAGCUGCAGACGUUCAAUCGGCAAAGCAGUUUGAAGUCGCAGACACAGAAAUCAACGUAUCGAUUCACGGUAUCGGCCUGUCACUGGUUAACAAUGUAGCACGCCAAGAAUUGAUGUAUCUUGCAAUUGCCAACAGUGGUAUUAUCUGGGAAUAUGCCAAACUCAAAUCGAAUCGGUAUAUAGAAAUGGCUGUGCGUGAUUCCUACUUAAUGGAACGCGCAUACCAGCGUUAUUUGUCAAAAGAAAAGUGUGACACGCCGGAUUUUGGACGCGAAUUGGUCGACGAAAAGACCGAAGUCGACUUUGACACGUUAAGGAUGUUAAAACCGCAACAAAGGAAGAUGAGACGAGUAUUUCAAUACGGAUUGUGGAUUCAGAUGAAAACGAGCCCGUAUCAGCUACAGUUCCACGCUAAAGUAAACAAAGUGCAGAUAGACAACCAGCUCUUUGACUGUAUAUUUCCGAUAGUCUUGGCACCGGUACCUCCCCCAAGAACCAUGGGAGACAAUUUUCAUAGGCCAUUUAUAGAAAUGAGCGUGGUCCAAAGAGUGAUGAAAUACAGUCACAUCACUCAGUUUAAAUACUUCAAAGUUCUCAUUCAAGAAUUUCACGUGAAAGUCGAUAUAGGUUUCGUCAUCGCCUUGUUAGAUUUACUCGAAACGAACGUUGCAAAUGAAGAGGAAGAACGUAAGCAUUUUUUGGAAAGUAUAAAAUUAACCAAAGAACCCCUCAAAUCUCUAGUCGUUACCAUUUCUCAAAAGGAACAAAAGAGUUUUUAUGACGUACUGCAUUUUUCUCCUCUCAAGAUUCAUGUAAGUUUUUCACUCCAAUCGGGAAACUAUAAAGGAUUAUCGCAGCUGGACGUCGUCAACGUUCUUUUGCAAGGACUAGGUGUCACUCUGACGGAUAUGCAGGAUGUAAUUUUCAAACUAGCGUAUUUCGAAAGAAACUACACAUUUUUAUCUCAAAAUCAACUUAUAUCCGAAGUUACUUCUCACUAUUCGAAUCAAGCCAUAAAACAACUUUACGUACUCGUACUUGGACUAGAUGUCCUGGGAAAUCCGUACGGCCUAGUAUUGGGUAUUACGAAAGGUUUCGAGGACUUCUUUUACGAACCAAUUCAAGGUGCAAUCCAAGGACCUGGCGAAUUCGCCGAAGGUCUGGUACUGGGUGCCCGCAGUUUAUUUAGUCACACGGUAGGUGGUGCUGCAGGUGCCGUUUCGAGAAUCACAGGAGCCAUGGGUAAAGGUAUUGCAGCGCUCACUUUUGACAAAGAUUAUCAGCGAAGAAGAAGAGACGCCAUGACUAAAAAACCUGCCAGCGUACAAGAGGGACUCGCCAGAGGGGGAAAGGGGCUCGUUAUGGGCGUGUAUGACGGGGUGACCGGAGUAUUUACGAAACCUAUAAGCGGAGCGAAACACGACGGCGUCGAGGGUUUCUUUAAGGGUUUAGGAAAAGGUGCCAUCGGUCUCAUUACACGGCCCACUGCUGGAGUGAUCGACUUUGCCAGUGGCUCUCUUGAAGCCGUCAGAAGAGCGACAGAUUUAGAGGAAGACAUCUGCAGGAUACGACCUUCAAGGUCAUUGCCAGCUGACGGUUUUGUGCGGCCGUACAAUAUUCAGGAGGCCGAAGGAAAUAAAAUUCUGAUGGAGUUGGAAAAGGGAAAGUACUCUACGACAGACGUCUACGUGGCUCAUUUUACAAUCGAAAAAAAUCAAGUUUUGUUAUUAACAGAUAAAAGAAUCGCUCUUGCUUCUCACAGUGAAGUAUUUGGAGGAUGGCAGGCGGAAUGGGCAUUUGCAUGGUCCGACAUACCGUCGUCUGCCACCGUGCAUCCCAAGGGAGUACAGAUUCCCAUUCCUGAGGCGAAAAAGAAAAAGUUUGGCAUGUUCGGUUCUAACGGAGCCAAUAAGUUAAUUAAUGUGCAAAACGAUGCUUUAAAAGAAAAGAUCGUUAAACAAAUCGAGUAUAUGCGGGAAAAGGCUUAAUAGUAGAAGCAAAGCUCAGAUAUUAUUUUCUUAAUGCUGGCUUAUAAAUGCACAAUUUUUUAUAUGUAUGCUUUAUAGAAAAGAACACUACUUACUCCUUUACAUUUACCAGUUAAAAUAUUUCUUUUAUUAAGCUUUUAAUAUAUAUUCUAAAUACUUUAUUUACACGUUAUAUACAAGUAAAAAAUUUAAAAUAAUUAAAAUUUUACCAGUGCUCAGUUUUAAAAAUAUUAAACUUUUGUGUUUUUUCAAACUCCAAGUUACAGGAUUAUUGUAAAUGCACAUUUUUUUUCGGUUCUACAACGCAGUGAAUUUACUAUUCAUAUAUAUGCUACUCCCUCGAUUUAAUCACACAAGUAUAGGCAAGGACCUUUAUUGUGAUCUGACUUUCACCUGAUUAAAUUUCAAAAUAGCAUUGUAA